GUGAUCGGAUCGCUUUCUUCUUUCGAGUCGAGUGAAACGUGAAAAGUGCUCUUACCGUACAGUGCGUGCUUGUGUUGUCCGUUGUGCCCGUAGAGUGUGCACUCCCGAAAGCCCCCGACGAGGGUCAUUAUUGUUCAAACACUCAAUACAACAACAAUGGUGCAUCAGAAGCUGAAGCGCCAGAACUCGGGACUCCCGCGGAUGGAGUCGAUUUCGCGGUUCGGCAGUAUUCCGGUCGUGGAGACCGGAAUCAAAACCGCCAACACGGUUUAUCAACGGGUUAAGGAAAGUAAUGGACUGUUCACCUGGGGGUUCGAAACGGCCGAAGCCAUGACAUACGCUUUUGUGGAUUCACUCCGCCCGGCCGCAAAGCUGGUCGAAGGGCCACUGCAUCGUUUGGACAAUUUCAUGUGUAAAAGUUUGGACUUUGUCGAACAGAAAGUCCCUUCGAUGUAUCUCCCACCGGAGAUGAUGUACUGGAACACCAAGGAGUACAUGUCCGACCAUCUGGUGAAGCCGGUCUUGAGUCGGGCCAAUUCGAUGAAGAAUCUCGGCCAUGUGGUGCUGGAAUCACGGGUAUCGAACUACGCGGCCGAUCGGUUGGACGGUGCCCUGAACGUAUGCGAUAAAUACGUUGACCUAUACCUUCCGGCGGAACCGGAACCCGUCGAUAAACCGGAUUGUCCUAAUCCCGGGCAGCCCCAGUCGGACGAUUCGCACGAGACACACGUAAUCCAAACGAUCCACCGUGGCCAGCAGAUUUCGCGCAAACUGAAACGUCGGCUCACGUUCCGCACCCGCCAGGAGUUGAGCGCCCUGAAGAAGCAAAGUACCGAAGCCGUGCACGUGGUGUUCUACGCAGCCGAGCUGAUCGCUACCAAUCCGCGGCUGGCCAUGCAGAAGGGUGCCGAACUGUGGAAGUAUCUGAGCGCUGACGAACCGGAAAAUCAAGCCCGCCCCCAAACGCUCGAACAGUUGAUGGUGCUACUGACGAGAGAAUCCGUCCGAAAGAUGGUCCAUCUGAUCAACUUCACCGCGGGUACGGCCACGAAAGUUCCCAACAUUGUUCGAUCGCAGACUCGCGAACUGGUACACCACAUGCUUUUUGCCACCGAUCGAUUGAUUAAGGUUGCCCACUUGGAAAAGGCUAAGAAUGCAACCAUCACGGAAGCAACAGGGCUAAUGCACCGAAUUCAGCAUACCUAUGAGGACCUGCAGAAUCAAACCAAUUUGGCUUUGGAACGUUUAGCAGUUUUUCUGUCCGGACGGUUGGAAGCGGAGAAGAUCACAACCAGCGAUAACCCCCGGCGAAGGAUCCAGAACCGAGCGAAUAAUAAUCCAAUGCAUAGUAGCAUCAAUGGCGUUUAUUAGCGUGCGAACGGCCGAGCUAUUGCUCAUGCAACUUCAGCAGCAGGACUAUGUUGACGGACGGCAAUGGAAUGGGGCUAAUGGCCGUGAAUGAUAUCUUUGUUCUUUUCUAGCAACAAAUCUUUUUUACGUUAAUGGUAUGAUAUAAUGAUCAAUAAAUUCCGCUUUAUAUACAAA